AUGCUUGGUGUGUUCCGAAUCUUCCGCGGCUUUUUCAGCUUCUUCGCUUCCAGAGGUGGCAUUCGGGGUCGCAUCAACAAGGGCGUGGACAGGCUCUUCGACCACAUUGUCAGGAAGCAAUUAGUGGAGUUCUUGCUCAUGCCGAAGCAGAACAUCAAGAUCCAGCCUUCCCAAGGCAUCCUGCACAUCGAACGGGCCCAGCUGCGUUCCUCACGGCUGAACAAUCUCCAUUUGCCAUUGAUUUUGACAGCGGGCAUUCUGGAUAUGGUGCACCUGGAGCUCAAAAUGGGGAAGCUUAACGCGGGUCAUCACCGCCUGAUGGUACUUAUCCAAAAUGUGAUCUUGGUGAUGGGCCCUGGACGGAGCGAGGAAAGAUCAUCAGAUUGGAACUUCCAUGACGUCAAGGCUGCUAAGACCAAGACCAUCAAGUUGGCCUCCAAGCUUCUAGAAGCCUUUGCCAAGCCCCCAAAGCAGCCGGCGAAGCCCCCGCCGCAGCAGAUGCACGGCUCGGUGCGCGUGCAGAAGGAGGCCGGCUCCAGCUGGCUCCGCCGGAAGUUGGCCAAGCUCCUCCGGGACAUUCUCAACAACGGCAUGCAAAUUGCCAUCCACGACUUUGAGAUCCGCUACGAGGACGAGAACUCGGGCAUCUGCGGGCCCUAUCGAAUCUUAGGCGGCUUCGUGGUGGACAGUUUGCAGCUGCGCGCCGUGAGUGCGGGGCAGGGCCAUGGUGACGAACAGCAUCUCUUCCGUGCGAAAGGUGAUUGGCGUGCUGGCUUAGGGCAACCAGAGGACUAUGGCCGGUCACCCUCCUCCUGGCGGACAAUGUCCUUCCGCAACACUUUCUCCAACCCGUUGUUCGGCAAGACGGCUCCGGCACCGAGCAUCUUCGACUUUAGUCAUGGUGUACAUGGGGGUCUUCAUGGAUAUGGAAUCAAAGUGUUUUGGGAGAUGUUUCCAAUGGACCGGAAAUGCACCAUGAGCAGUGAUGUGCUCAAGGAUGGGCUGGGUACGACGACUGCAACGUCACAGUUUAGAUUGCGUUUGCAGGAGGAUAGCGGGUGCAGUGUCACUGAAUUCCUGAAGACACGGAAGUUCCUGAAGAUGUGGGAGCGGUUGCGCUAUGGGAUUUGCACCGUAGUAAUGCAGCGCAUGCUUGAGGAGAAGCAAGGUAUGGAUGCGGUGUAUGUCUCCUCACAUCGGCUGCGUGAGAAGGCCCGGCGGCUGCGUGACAUCAUUGGGCAGUACAAGUAUUUGGUUGAACCGUGCAACUUUAGCAUUCACUUUGUAGCUCGACCCUUCCGUGGCAACGGCGACGAACCUCAUUUGGAUUUGGACGUCAACAUCCAGGAGCUAUCCCUUCUGCUGGACAUGAAGCAGUUGAAGGGCUUGGCUGCAAUCCUGGGCUACCUGCAGAGGUGGAUGCGGCACGAUGCGCUCUUUCAGUGGAAGCCGGUGCCGGCGGAGUUCCGGAACUCGGCUGACAUCUCUGGCUGCGGGUUGACCAGGGGUCGAUUGCUCUGGGCCUUCGCACUGAAGCUGGUGCUACAGAGCAUCCAUCCCAAGUACUUCUGGACUUCCCUCGCGUGGAUCCACAUGCGCCGUGGAGCUUCGAUUCGGCAAGCGCUCUUCGAAGCAUUGUCAGCGAGGACUGUCGACCAGGAACGAGUGCAAGUGCUGCAAGUGAGUCUUCCAUUGAUAGAAUGCUUGGCUGUGCGGCGAGAGUUCCUGAUCCAACAAGCUAGGAGGAAGAAGGAGGAGUCUUACUUCAAGCGUGAAGGGAAUUGCUGCCCUUGCCGGAGAAAGACGCCUGAAGAGAUGGCCGAGGCACUCAGAACCGAGCGUUGGUGA